AGCUGGCACCGCCUGCCAGAUUCCCAGCAGAUCUCAGCGAUUUAUCGCAUCGCCGCAUCUAACCGUGAACUGUCUCUAAGUGGCUCCGCCGGACUCGGCUGGUCCUCGUUCGCAGGGUGUAGAGUUUAGAGGGAGUUGUUUCGCUGCUGGUGCUGGGGAGAUCAGUCCUUUAUCUCCCAUCUUCUCUUAUCGCCAUAUCUCCUCUCCCCCCUCUGCGCAUCUGAGUCGACACCGGUGGCAUAUGGACGCGCUGGAUGGCUGGUGCACUUAGCAAACCAGCGUGAACCUUUUUUUUCUCCAUAAUCAUCAUCUUUCCUUGCCUUUGAGUCUGAAAUCAAAAGAGCAACUACAACAAUGACGGAGCCGGCCAACCAAGAGUCCUACCCUGUCCCAGACCCGACUAUAGUGGAUCCCAGCUCGGCGGCGUUGCGGAACGGCCAGUGCGCCCCAGAUGGCUUCACCAACAACCACCACCAGCCAGCCAAAAGCCCCAGCCAGCCCGAGGCGUUCACCACGGGCCAGGAGAUGAAAAUCACGGACAGUGUGGAGGGAGAAGGUCUCCUGGAGAGCAGCAUGCGCCUGAAGCCCCAUGAGGCUCAGAGCUACAGGAAGAAGGCACUCUGGGUCUCCUGGAUCUCCAUUGUGGUCACACUCAUACUGGCCGUGGCAGCUUUCACUGUAUCCUUCAUGAGACACAGCGCGUCAGCCUUUGGAUUUGCCUUCGAUGCCACGCUGGAUGUCCUGUCAUCAGUCAUUGUCCUCUGGCGCUACAGCAAUGCAGCAGCUGUGCACUCUGCACACAGAGAGUAUAUAGCAUGUGUAAUCCUUGGGGUUGUGUUCGUUCUCUCCUCCUUGUGCAUCCUUGGAAAGGCCAUCCAUGAUCUUGCUACCAGGGUGCCCCCGGAAGUGGAUGACUUUCUCUUCAGUGUGUCUAUAGUGAGCGGGCUCACAUGUGCUGUGCUGGCUGUGGCCAAGUUCAUGCUGGGAAGAGUGCUGACUAGCCGGGCACUUAUCACUGACGGGUUCAACUCUAUGGUCGGUUCAAUUAUGGGAUUUUCCAUUUUGAUCAGCGCGGAAGUCUUCAAGCACCAUACUGAUGUCUGGUUUUUGGAUGGCACCAUGGGGGUUGUUAUUGGACUCAUCAUUUUGGCAUAUGGCAUCAAACUCCUGAAGGACAUGGUGCCCCGUGUGAGACAGACGAGGAACUACGAACGCUUUGAGUGAGAGUAUGUGUUAGCCAGACGAGCAGGUUCAAACAAACACACACACACGCACACACAUACACACAUACACACACUGCUGGCUGCCUCUUACCCUUCAUCCUCUUUUCUCUCUUUCCUACACACUUUAAUACACCUUCAGCAUAUAGACUACACAUUCCCAUACUCAUAAACAUAUACACACAUGCUGUAUAAACUGUACAUAGUACAUUCAUACAUUCCAACAGAAACAAAUGCACAUGCAUGCAUACACAAAUGCAGCAACUGAGAGACUUGAAGGAAAAAGGACGAGAUUGAAGACCACAUCCUGAAGAGAAAACACUUAAGUAGAGUUCUUCUGUUCAGUCCUUCUAUACUUUUUGUCCAUUAAAACCACCAUCUCAAAAAUGAAGAGAUUAGAAUUAGAAUAAAAAAUGCCCAAGAGCUGAGACUCCUGUCUACCAGCAGGAGCUUUGGAUUUGUUCGACCAGGGGAUCCAGCAGUCACUUUUUAGAUAAUGGCAUUCACUAAUUAUAACACAAGAGACAACGUUGUAUUGAUUUGUCCUUGUCAGUUCAGCUCUUGGCAUGGUAGGCCCAAUGGGGAUCAAAAUUCAAAAAAUUCCAAAUAGGGUAGAUUUUACUGUAAUGAGGCCUACACAAAACACACAGUACAUUUCCCCAUAGUGUAUUUGAGAAAACAUAGAAUGAGCUUUUUAGGAUUUUUUUUUGUCUCCCUAUUGUAUCUUAAGUACAAACUGAGCAACAGCUGAGGGCUGCUCACUAUGAUUUAAGGUUGUUUUGUUUUUCUAUUUAUUGUUAAGUACAGGUGUACCUUUCCUAAAUCCAUUCCUGUCAAAACCUCACCAGCCUCCCCUCUUUAAAGCAGCCACUAUAAUGUGUUGCUGAGAGAUGGAGAGCACAUGGAAAACAGGGAAAAAAAGGACUUAGACAAUGCAAAUGAGCAGUUCUGAGUCAGCAAACACUGCUUUGUCCAAAAGGUGAAAAGCACCAGAGAGCUUAUCUUUAAACUCUACUGCUAAAAGGUAAAAGCAGUAAAAGAGCACAAGAAACACUGAGGACAAACAUUUGUCGUAUGAUGGCUAUAAACCUAAAGUGCACAUGUAAUUUACAUACAUUACAUAGCCUACUGUACUGUAUGUAAUGUAUCCAAUCACAAAUUGGAAAACGUUCCUUCAUGCACUGGUUUUUGUUGCUGACAGUUUAGCACAGUGCCCGUUUUAACACAAGGGGUGAUUAAAAACUAAGAAACGAUUUGACUGGCGGACUUUUCAUUGCCAUGUAUUGUACAUAUCUUUUGGUUGAUUUCCUAAAACCAAAUACCAGAGUGAGUUAAUUAAUGAACUCCAUACAGCAUCUUUUUGUUAUUUUACUAGAGACUUACUUUGACAAAGUUUUACCAGGCAAUAGCUAGUAUCUGAUGAAUAGCAAAAUACAUUUUAAAAGGGUAAAACGUAUACACAUCUUAAUGUUUAUCUUGUGUUUUUCUUGUCACACCUUGUCACGCUUAUAAUUAAUAGAUGUGAAAGCAUUAAACUCUGCAGGAUCGUCUCUGGCAUUUGCUGUAACAUUAUUAUUUAUCAUGUCAUUCUCAUGUAAUGUUAAAGUCAAUCUAGCUGAGAUAUUUAUUACUUUCAAUGACAUUAUGUGUAUCCAUGUUUUCUUUUUCUCUUCCUUGUUUUGACUGCAAAGUUCAUGCAAAAAGUUGGAUAAGACAAAGUCUCAAACCUAAGAUGAAACAAAGCACAAUCACAAAGAUGAAGUAGCCUGUGUGACUAUCAUUUUCUUGGCAUAUAUCAUUUGCAGAGACCGUGCUUUCUACUUGUGUCGUAUUCCUGCUUAUACCUCAUUUGUUCUGCAUGGUACCAUAUUUAUCAUCCGUUGUUAUGUGCAAUGAACAGAAUGUAAAUGCCAACCACAAAGUCUGUAAAUAUGUUUAUUACACUGUCCGGGUGUAUCAGUAACAAAAUGUCACAAAUAUAGUCGUAGUACUUCAUGGCCAACAUAAAAGGCUUUUUGGAGUAUAGUUUAAGUACAGGAGGAUCAAUGUUACAUAUUGUUGCACAUGUUUACUCUAUAGUGCUUAUGCUGUAAAUGUGGUUUAACAUAUUACUGUAGAUUAUUGGUGAAAUUAAAUAAGUCUUUCUGUACAUUUUUGCACUAAGUGAAAUCUCAGACUGGAUGUAGGUGGGAUCUUAAAGCACUGUCCGAGGCUUCUUUAUCACUUAUUAGUAGCUGUCAAAAGAAGAACUGAUUCCAAAUCAAAACAUUAUUUUACAUGUUAAAUUGGAUAGCUACUACUUACCUGCCGGCACCAAUCAGUAUUAUUUUUUAAUGAAUUUUAGUGGGUGUCAUAAACUCCGCUAUAAAAUCAAUCAAAUUUUUUGGGGGAGAAACUGAAGAAAAAAAAAUUACUUUUGUCAGGAAGCAACGGAAACCCCACAAAACAAGCAAUUUGAUUUAGGAAAGGAGUUCAAUAUAUGGAUUGAUUUUGUACAACUGUAUUAAGAUCAAUCACAUUUGGAAAAAAAAUUAUAUGAAUAAUUCCUAGAUCUUGUGUAAUGCACAAACACACACUGACAUUAAAUGAGCUCUUGACCAAAUAUACAUAUUCAUUAUUUAAAGUGAUGUGAACUGUGUACAUUGUGUAUGACUUUGCAGCCUGGUUUCUUCCUGUAAAUGUGGAUCCAGAGUGCUUGUGUGCCCCCUCGUGGAGGAGGCCAUAUGACAAAAGCUGUGAUUAGUAUUCACCGCACUGGAUCCUAGGGGGAGAGUCUAAAUUUAUCCAAGUCUGAACACAGCUACAAAGCCUUGGGCAGUGAUUCGGAAGGCACCUACAUGCACUCUGCACUGUAAUUAUCAUCUCUCUGUUGACAUACUGGACAAGAUGCAACUCUCUUGGUAUAUAGUCUUUAGUUUUUGUGAGAGUUCUUUGUGUAAACAACAAGGUUUAGCUCUGACUGAAGGUGUGAAUCAACUCUCACCACUUCAACUCACCAACAGCACAGUGAUUUGUAAUGUUCCCCCCUCUGAUGCAUAGGAGACAAUCUUUACACAUUUUUACUAGCAAAGCACAGUGUUUACAUGCUGAUAACCACCACAUGAGGCACAGAACAAAGUCAUAAUAACUAUUUAAACGGUCUGCUUUACUUGCUGUAUUGCUGAUAUUGUCAACUAUAUUGUGUUCAUAUGACUUUUUUGAUCUUGGCAACAAAAUCCUUUCUACCUCUCUUCUUUGCACUUUGUUUUAUUUCCGUGUCGCUUUCUCUUGUGCACAUUCACGCUACAUAGAAUUUAGGCCGGGUGCUCCGAUUGUGGACUGGGACCCGUUACACUUCUUAAUAAUGGAUGAUCAUUGAAGCAGUUGCACUUACUGUAAAUCAGGGGUCAGUGCAGCAGCUGAACACCAAAACAAUAUGUUAAAUAUAACUGUAAGUCCGUCCAUCUAUAAUGCCUUUUUUUUAGGGCCCAAUGACAUGUCUGAACACACACAUUAAAAGGCCGCUAGAGGUUCAUUAGGCUUUGACCUCUGAACAUGUAUUUUUAACAGACACAGAACCUCUAUUCAUUUGACAAGUUAUAUGAUAUAUUUGAAUUCAUUUCACUGCUAUUGAAAUAGCUCAGAAAUGUAUCCCAUUCUGCAGCUUGAUGAACUGUGCCAAAUCAUUGAAAACAUCUGUCCUGUCUUCUGAUGUGUGUAUCAUUCAAUUAAGCUUGUAGAUAUGAAUUGAUGUAUUAUUACAGCCCCAGAAGAUGCACCAACCUGCUAAUUUGACCUAGUUUUACAAAAUAAUGAUAGCAAUACUAACCACUUCUGUUUCAACAAGCUUCGCAUGGGCGUAUAAAAACUCUUCCAGCUUCAACGGUUACAAGUGCAAUGCAGCCACACACAUACAACAAAUAAGUGAAUUUCCAAUGAAUAUGAUGGAUCUGUAACCAAAUUAUUAUUUGUCUGUUUGUACAGUAAUGACAUCAGUGGUAUUACAGAUGAUGUAAACACCAUUUAUUUAUGUAAAAUAACUAUGAGGUAUAUCUUUGUCAAAGAGCAAAGUUUUAUUGAUUAAUAAAGUUUUAUCCUGCUUAA